UUUUUAUUUUAGUUCAAAAAGUGGACGGAGCCUAUAGCAAUCUAUUGAAGCUUUACCAGAAGAAACUUGGAGAUUUGCAGAAGUCCAAUCUGUGGUCGACCAUCCCAAACACUCCUACAUGCACAAAAGAGAUGCACCCAUCAACGUUAUGUACCGAUCCAGAUUGUCGUCAGGAUAUACCAGAACAACCUCUAGCCAGACUCCAGAACGUUCUCAACUCUAUGCGCUCAGAGGAUUUGAAAACAGUAAAACAAAUCAAUCAGUUGAAGGAACUGCAAGUACAACACACAGGAAAACAGAUUCUCUUCCUUACUGGAUCAUCAUCUAACCACUUUACGGAAUCCCAAGCAAUGCUAAAGAACUUCCAUGAAACCAUCCCCACAGUAUUUAGUAAUUAUUCACUUAGAUACUAUGAUCUGGGACUAACACAAGCAGAACGGGCACAGGUUGAGAAGCACUGCAAAUGUGAUGUGAAAAUCUUCCCAUUGCAAAAGUUGGACCAGUGGAUGAGACGGAUGGAAUGUUAUAUUUGGAAACCCAUAAUAAUACAGGCCAACAUAAAGGCUGCUGACAUUGUGGUGUGGAUGGACACCUCCAUCAGGCUACCGACGGAAGGGUUGAAGAAAGCACUGAUGGACGUUCCUCUUCAGGGGUUGACCAUCGGAGGUGGGGGAGGACGAGCUCCCACAUUUAUUGACACAAGGAUGAUAAACUACUUCAAUACCACAGCGUGUAUAUAUGCGCCAUUCACCAUGGUGGAAGCCAAUUUCAUGAUGUUUCAUAAUGAAGAGUUUGUGAGAGAUGCCAUAAUUGCACCUUGGAUGGCAUGUGCUGUAAAUCAUAAUUGUAUGUGUCCUGAUAAAUCCAUUCUUUAUUGUAAUUAUAGCCAGAACAAGUAUGGCAUUUGCCAUAGGUAUGACCAAGCUGCAAUCAAUGUAAUUGCUAUGCAGUUGUUUGGAAAGCAUAUCGAGAGUUUACGAGCAAAGAAUCUUAAGAGCGAAGUUAAAAGAGGCGAUUCUUUUGCAUAUUUCAAGUAUUUAGAUUCACAGUUGAAACAAAAAGUUACCUGAAAAAGUGCCAGAAAGAGUCCAUUGUACUCUUCCCAAUUUAACAAACUGCCAUGGGGUGAAAGAUAUAGGGUUUUUUUUGCUCAAAUGAGAAGUCUCUUAUAAUUGCUGUUUAUGCUGAAGUGGGCAUAGACGUUUAAUGUUCAAGUAUGUGGUCUCUUUACAAGAACCAGCUGCUCUUGGUGAGACAAAUGCCUACUUAUUUUUGUAUAGUUUUUUCUAACUCCGGCAUGAUAAGUUAAGGAAAACCCAGUGAAAACCCAUUCAUUGGACCCGAGCAUUAUCUCCUUCGUGUCAUUCGUGAGUCAAGUUUCGCCUUUAUAUUUCCAGACAUCUUUGAUACAAUAUUGUUCAUUAUUUAUGGUAUUGUUUUUUAUGAAUAAACUAUUUUAUCUCUUU